AAUCACUCUUUUUCUUUUCUUAUUCUCUGAAGCUCACAAUGCAGUCUUCCGAUUUCAAAACUAGAUUCGGUUACAACAAUCAACACAACCAUCCCUCCGAAUCGAUGCCCCCACCGAUCCGAAACACUCCAGAUCUUGCAAAGUCUGUUAUGAAACAAACCCCUUACAAUUCAUCCGCCGUCUCAAAUUUUAGAGAUAGAUCCGAUUAUUCGUCUGUUGCGGUUAACUUAAACGAUACUUUUGAGUUCCGUGAAGAUCCUUCUUUUUGGAAAGAUCACAAUGUUCAGGUUAUUAUAAGAGUACGACCGCUUAGCAGCUCUGAGAUUGCUGUUCAGGGGCCGAGUAGAUGUGUAAAACAGGGAAGUAGUCAAACAGUUACAUGGAUUGGACCUCCAGAAGCACGCUUUACGUUUGAUCAUGUUGCCGACGAACAUGUUACCCAGGAGAUGCUAUUCAAUGUUGCUGGAGUACCCAUGGUGGAGAACUGCAUGGGAGGCUACAAUAGUUGCAUGUUUGCUUAUGGUCAAACAGGUAGUGGAAAGACCCACACAAUGCUUGGAGACAUUGAUGGGGGAUCUCGAAGACAUAGUGUCAAUUCUGGGAUGACUCCCAGGGUCUUUGAAUAUCUGUUUACACGUAUUCAAAAGGAUAAGGAGGCUCGAAGGGAAGAAAAAUUACAAUAUACUUGUAAAUGCUCAUUUUUGGAGAUAUACAACGAGCAAAUACUUGACCUGUUAGACCCAUCAUCCACUAAUUUACAGAUAAGAGAAGACACCAAGAAAGGGGUGUACGUUGAGAAUCUAAAGGAGAUUGAGGUUACCAGUCCUAGAGACGUGAUUCAACAACUUAUUCAGGGUGCAGCAAACAGAAAGGUUGCAUCCACAAACAUGAAUCGCGCUAGUAGUCGCUCUCACAGUGUAUUCACAUGCAUAAUAGAAAGUAAAUGGAACUCUCAAGGCGUGACACAUCAUCGGUUUUCUCGCCUUAAUCUUGUGGAUCUGGCAGGCUCUGAGAGGCAGAAAAGUUCUGGUGCCGAAGGAGAACGUCUAAAGGAAGCUACUAAUAUCAAUAAAUCACUCUCAACUCUAGGACUUGUUAUUAUGAACCUUGUCAAUGUGUCAAAUGGGAAAUCUCAACAUGUCCCAUACCGUGAUUCAAAGCUCACAUUUUUACUUCAGGAUUCUCUGGGAGGAAAUUCAAAAACUACAAUAAUUGCAAAUAUCAGUCCAUCUAGUUGCAAUUCGUUGGAGACGUUGAGUACACUCAAGUUCGCUCAACGUGCAAAGUUCAUUAAAAAUCAUGCAACCAUCAAUGAAGAUGCUUCUGGAGAUGUUCUUGCUAUGAGGUUGCAGAUUCAACAGCUGAAGCAAGAAGUUUCUCGUUUGCAAAGUGUGGUUAACGGGGGAGCUGAGAACAAUGGAGAUGAUGCUUGGACAGUGUCUUUUCCUGGAUCUCCAGGAACUUUCAAGUGGGAAGGGAUUCAAGGAGCAUUUAGUCCAGUUACUGCUGUUAAACGAUUAUCACAGAAAAAAGAGUAUGAAGUUGCACUUGUUGGUGCUUUUAGGAGGGAAAAGGAUAAAGACAUUACCUUGCAGGCACUAACUGCUGAAACGGAGGCUGCUCUGCAAUUGGCAAAACAAAGAGAAGAUGAGAUACAAGGUCUGAAAAUGAGAUUAAGGUUUCGUGAAGCUGCGAUAAAGAGGCUUGAGGGUGUUGCAUCUGCUAAGAUAUCUGCAGAGACACACUUGCUAAAAGAGAAGGAAGAACAUUUAAAGGAGCUUGAUGUCUUACGAUCCCAAGCUGACAGGAACCAAGAUGUUACCAGAUUUGCAAUGGAAAACUUGAGACUAAAAGAAGAGAUCAGGAGGUUAAAAUCAUUUUAUGAGGAAGGGGAGCGAGAACAAAUGGAUGAACAGAUCAUGAUACUUGAGAAUAAGUUGCUGGAAGCACUCGACUGGAAACUUAUGCAUGAAACAGAGCCUGCACAUAUUAAGGAACCAAAUUUUGACUUCACGAUGGACAGCCAAAAAGACGGUGACCUUUUUAGCCUUAAGGACCCUGUAACUCCUGUUAACACGGGGAAAACACAAUUUGAGUUCCCUUUAGUUACCACACCCAAUGUUACUGUAAGUGAUCAAAGAGAGCUACAAACCAUGGUUGAUGCUAUUGCAGCUGCAAGUCAAAGAGAAGCAGAAGCUCAUGAAACUGCGAUUAUUCUGUCUAAAGAAAAUGAUGAGUUGAGAAUAAAGCUCAAGAUGCUAAUUGAUGACAACAAUAGACUCAUUGAACUUUAUGAGCGCGCAGUUGCAGAUGGUCAACAAAGUGUUACAAGAGAUGCAGAAAGUCAAAAGAGCCGUGUUGACCAAACUGAGUUUGCUGAAAAGGAACUCGAAAUGAAAAGGGUAAACGAGGAUUUAGAGCAUCAGCUAGUGGAAAUGCAUGAGGAGAAUGAUAAAUUACUGGGAUUGUAUGAAAAGGCAAUGCAAGAAAGAGAUGAGCUGAAAAGACGAGUUCAUGAGCUGAAUGGAGUUCAGAAUGAUUCUGGUUUAUCUUGUGAAACCCAUGAUUUACUUGAUGGAAAUAAUCUAGUAGAAGUCAAUGUAAAGGAAGAACAAAGUCAAUGCUCCAGUCUAAGAACAAGUGAAUAUUGUGAUUCAGGAGAACCUUCUACCACUGCCAUGGAGGCAGAAUGUGUUAAAGAUUCCAGUUUUUGUGAUGAAAAAAGGAAUGUUGAAAGCAUUAUCAAUAUUCGGGAAAAGUUAGAUAAAGCACAGGAAAUGCUUUCAAAGUCUUCUGAAAGUUUCAGCAUUUUUACUUCCCUAGAAAGAGGAAUUAUAGAUAUUGAUUGGCUUUCAAGAAAUAUACAAGAGGUCAAAGAUGAUAUUCUGGUGAAACAAAAAGAUCACACUUCAACAAGCUUCCUUCUUUCUGAUCUAAAAGAAAGAGAAAACACACUUGAACGAAAGCUAACAGCUCUAAGAUGCUCCAUGUCAAACUUUUCUAAAUCUCUCAGUUACUUUGAACAAAGAGAAGCACAAGCCAGGUCUAAGACACAUGCGUCAUUAUCUCAUUUAAAGUCAAAGAAAAAAGAGUUGGCUCACAUAUUGUCUAUCAAGGAAGAAACCAAAGUUGCACAGCUGAAGGCUACUCAAUCUGAAGUUGAGUUAAAGAACAACAUAGCAACUUUGAAGCUAAAAAUCGAGGGAGAAAACAAGAAGCGUGAAAAGGAAACAGUUCUCCUUGGCAUUGACAACAUUGAAUGGCAACCAAGUAGCAAAGCAACUGAAUUACUCAGAUCCGAAGAAGAAAAGACAAAGCUGCAGCUUCAGAUGAACCACGAAAGAGAAAAACUCGAGACGAUGAACAAGGUAUCUGAAAAACUGAGCAGAAAGUUAAAAAGGUUGGAUGAAGAAACGCAGGCAGCUGAAUUUGAAGUUCAGAAAUGCACAAUGUCUAUGGAGGAGAUGGAAAUUAAGCUUCAAAACAAUGUUCAAGAGAAGGAGAUGGUAUUAAACAUGAAAGAAACUGGACAAAAGGAAUUUGAAAACAUAUUGAUUGAAUAUCAACAAUCUCUGUUUGAAUGUGGAUUGAAAGAUGAAGAGAUAAAGAUUCUAAGGGAAGACAUGGAAAUUGGGAUGAAAAGAGAAGAGGAAUUACAAGAAGAAAGAAGCAAGUGUUUGCAAAAAAUGGGUGAUAUGUUGGGAGAGAACAGAGAGAUUUUGUCAGAGAAGUUGGUUAAAGAUCUUGAAAACAUUAGUUCAUAUUUUAUGGAAUUGAGAUCAGUGCUUGAAAGCUGACGAAAGAUUUUAUGGCUACUAACACCUGAAUAACUUGAUUCGGCAAACAUGAUGAAUUCUGUCUUGGAGUUUCAUGUUGUGUUUCAAGAAUGUAAUGUUGUUACUUUUAGUUAGUGUUAGUUGUGUGAUUAUAUUAUGUUGCUGUUUAAUUGCUCAAGUAUCUUGACUAUUCCAUGAUCUCCAAAACAAUAAUAUGUUUCAACAAUGUAAUUUUACUUAUAUUUAAUUGGGUAAUCUUUCGAUUUUUCA